AAAAAAGUUUUGCAUGUGAGCUCUGCUGUUGGAUAUAAGACUGAAAAGGUGGCCAAAUGGAUUUAGUUUGAGUGAGUGAGACGGAGGGUGAGACGGAGGGAGAGACUAUCAGAACCCACAGCAUCAUUUUCUCUUCUCUCAUUCCUCCCUCUUCUUUCCCCUAUUUUUCCCCCUCUUUCUUUCUCUUCCACCUCCACUCCCACUAUGCCUCGUGUCACUUUCUCCUGCCCCACUGCUCUCUCCCUCAAUCCCCUGGUUCAUCUCCUCCCCUCCCUCCCCCCCACCAUGCCAUACACUUCUGUCCCUUCUCUGUUCUGGGAGCCUUACAUUCUGUCUGGGUACCGGCCCCCUGGCCUGCCCUGGCGUUACUACCUCCUCAGCCUCCUGCAGGUGCACAACGAAACAGUCAACGUGUGGAGCCACCUGCUGGCUGGAGUGUUUGUGGCACUGAGGGUGGUGCUGUUUUCUGUGAUGCGUGGCGGGGGCUUACUGGGGGUAAGACUGAGUGGUCCAGAGGGUUGGGGUCUGGGUGUGGACCUGUCUUCUCUGCCCCUGGCUCUCUACCUUUUCUCCUCUCUCACCUACUUGCUCUGCAGUGCUGCAACACACCUGCUCCACUCACACUCUGACUCUGCUCACUUAUCCUUCUACUUCCUGGAUUCUGUGGGCAUGGCGGUCUACCAGUACGGCUGUGCCAUGGUGCUCUAUUUCUAUAGCUCCACCCCCACUUGGCAACACAGUGGAGUAGCAGAGGUCUUUCUCCCAUCAGCAGCUCUGCUAGCAUGGUUGUCAUGUGCCUCCUGUUGCUUUUCCAAGCUGCGUUACCUCUGCCCAUACCCUCUUAGCCGCAAGCUAUGCCAGCUGGUGCCCACCGGCCUGGCUUACCUACUAGUAUUCAGCCCUGUAGCCCAUCGCAUAGCAAACCAGCUCUGGGGAUACACCUUUGCACUUCCACUCCAUUGCCUGCAGGGGAUGCUGUUUCUCUUGGCAGCCUUCUUCUUCUUCUUCCCCAUUCCAGAGUGUUGCUUUCCCGGGCGCUGUGAUAUCAUUGGUCACGCCCAUCAGAUCUUUCACCUGCUGCUGUGUCUCAGCACACUGGCCCAACAGGAAGCAGUGUUGGAGGACUUCCUGUCACGACGGGCGUCCCUGGUGAAGGAGCAUGGGGAGUGGUAUCUUUUAUUGGCAGGGGUGUCCUUCCCUCUGCUGGUGCUGCUUUGUUCAAUGACUGCCAUCGCUAUGAGAACACAAGCUCACACACACCUGAUGCUGAGGAGAGGUAGAGGAGGAGGAGAAGACGAUCAUGAAGGAGGGACAGGGGCACACAUGAGACAGAUGAGGAUGGAUGAAUAGAGGAGGAGGGUGGAGAUAGAGGAGAGACAGAAUUUUUUUUAAUGAAUAGCAAAAACAGAAAUAGUUUUCUGUUUAUAAUUUGUUAUUUAAAACAGCUACACUCAGUCACUGAAACUGUAGCUUAAACAUUGACUCUCUAAACAUAAAAUACAUAUCACAAAUCAAAUAUAAAAUGUAAUA